CCAUACUAUUACUCGUAUUAUUUUAUUACUUUUGUUUUAGUCUCAACAUUAAUACUAUAAGAGGCCUAAAAAGUAACUAAACUUAUUUCUGGUUGUCAACUUUCCUGGUUUCUCAAAAUUACCAACUAUACAUGGUUUGUUUAUCUGUUUUCAUAUUGUUGUGAUUGUACUGAUGUUGUUACAAUUCCAUCAGAGCAUAGCAAAACUAUACUAAACUGCAUGGGAUACUAAAGUGAGCCAUUGUUCAUUGAUUUAGGGACCAAAUGUCACAUUUCGAACCUUUUUCUACAAUAUAUUGUAUGCUUUGGAUCUAGACUCUUACGAGUUUUUUCUUGGGAUGCAUAUCAAGGUGAAUUUCGAUUAUAUCACCCAUCAUUGUAGUCAGUGGCGGAUCCAUAUUUUUUUUGCAGGGGUGUCCUCUUCCAAAAAUUAAAUUAAAUUAAUAAUUAAAAUAAAUAAUACAUAAAUAACAAAAUAUCCAAUUAGUACAAAUGUUGAUAAAAAGCCACGAUGUGUUUCAUAUUUUGAAAAAAAUAUAAGAUAGAUUUGGUGUCUACACAGAUCAAUAAAUCGUUAUAGCCUACUAGAUCGCAUAUUCAAUUUCUAACCUUGUUCAUGAUGUAAUUCAAAGUUGAAAAGAUUGUUUCAACACUUGCAGUGUAAUCAUAAAAUCAAUUCAAAUUCUGGGUACCCCUGGGGAUAAGAAAUUGUGUUUUUACAGUAGAACAACAAAUGAUUUAUAACCUAAUAGAGAAGAUGUUUAAUAAUAGCAGUGUCCUAGAUUUGAAUAACACAGAGUACCCCUUAUAUUUUUUAAUCAUACGCAAACUACUAUCGAGGUUAAGAUAAUCGUUUAUUAAAAUUUUAGGGGUGUCCCAAAUUACCAAUUAUAUUUUGUUUAUCCAUACGAAACUACUACCGGGGGUUGGAUAAUCGUGUUGCCAAAAUUUAGGGGUGUCCUGGGACACCCCUAAAGCACCAUGUAUCUGCCACUGAUUGUAGUGCUCCACUGUGAGCACGUUUAACUUUAGAGUUCUUGCAAUAACUCUCGUUUCACUCCCAAAACGCGUUUUCUCAUGAACUUUUGUCGAUGUGAGAUUUGACUACAUACCCCCCUGGGACUCAAACGUCCUGGUUGAUGUUUGCCUCACCAUCGUUCAAGAGGGACGUAGAGAGGCAUUGAUACGACUUUUAACAUCUCGAACCUUUUUCUUGACCAGAUAUUAUCCGCUUUGGAUCUAGAUACUCAUGAUUGUUGUCUUGGGUGCAUAUCAUAAUAACUUUCCAUAAGGUCGCAUAUCCUUGUAGUGCUCCAUAGUGAACAUAUUUUACUUUGAAAUUCUUACAAUAAGCCUUCUGUCUUAUCCAUAAACACAUCUGGUAAGCCAAUAUAAAUUUCUUACUUAUAAAUCUUUCGCGUAUUUUUCGAUAACGGAUUCGCUGAGAUAUUACCAAAUCCCAAACCACCCUUUUUUUUUAUAAACCAAACUAUCCCUUUGCGCCUUUGCUUCACUCCAAAGCCUAAGAACUCCCACCAAAAUAAAGGGAUUUAUUACCAAGAAAAAUUAAAUUAAAUCCAACUGACAGAGAACGAGAAAAUUCUUGCACUUUACGCCUUUGCUUCCUUCCCUCCCACCUGAGAUCCGAUUCACCGUUCUCUGUUCUCUGGAACCCUAAGAGACGAAAAGUCCCCGCACCCCGUUGCUCGGCUUCCUUAAGCCCAGAAUUCGGGGGAACCGGCCGAAUGGACGCCAAGCAGAAGCAGCGACCUGUUGUAGAAGAAGACAAGGUGGCGGCGGAGGAGGAUCGGAGCAGCGAUAGCGGUGGCGAGUACACGUCGGAGGACGAGGGAACGGAGGAUUACAGGCGGGGAGGGUACCACGCGGUCCGGAUCGGCGAUGCUUUCAAGAACGGGCGGUACGUGGUACAGAGCAAACUCGGUUGGGGCCAUUUCUCCACUGUUUGGCUCGGUUGGGACACUCAGAAAUCGCGAUAUGUAGCCCUCAAAGUUCAAAAGAGUGCUCAGCACUACACUGAAUCUGCCAUGGAUGAGAUAACCAUCUUACAACAGGUAGCAGAAGGAGACCCAGAGGAUCAGAAAUGUGUGGUGAAGCUCUUGGAUCAUUUCAAACAUUCAGGUCCGAAUGGACAACAUGUCUGUAUGGUAUUCGAGUAUCUAGGGGAUAACCUUUUGACUCUUAUAAAGUACAGUGAUUAUCGUGGAUUGCCCAUUCAUAGGGUCAAGGAGAUAUGCAUCAACAUUCUGCAGGGUUUGGAUUACUUGCAUAGACAACUUUCCAUCAUACACACUGAUCUAAAGCCGGAGAACAUAUUGUUGCUAUCGGUGAUUGACCCCUCGAAGGAUCCGAUAAAGUCCAAGACUCCUCUCAUUCUUCCGAAUAGUAGGGACAAAAGUUCGAUAGAGUCUGCCGUUUCGAGAUUAAAUGGUGACUUGAUUAGGAAUCAAAAGAAAAAGAUCCGAAGGAAGGCUAAACGAGCAGCUCAUGAAUGUGUGGAGAAGGAAGCUUCUUCUACUGAAGCUAACAUGGGCCGUGAAACAUCUGCAGCAAAGCGGGCCAUUUUAGAAAGGGAGGGUAUUAAAAUGGGAAGCCGCAGCACAAGGCAGAACCUGCUUGCAUCAGCUGAUCUCAGGUGCAAAUUGGUGGACUUUGGGAAUGCGUGUUGGACGCACAAACAGUUCACAACUGAUAUUCAGACAAGACAGUAUCGCUGUCCUGAAGUCGUCCUUGGAUCAAAAUACUCUACUUCGGCCGAUCUUUGGUCUUUUGCUUGCAUAUGUUUCGAGCUUGCAACUGGUGAUGUGCUCUUUGAUCCACUCAAUGGUGACAGCGAUGUGGACCAUUUGGCCCUAAUGAUGGAGCUCCUUGGAAUGAUGCCGCGCAAGAUUGCCCUGGGUGGCCGAUAUUCCCGUGAUUUCUUCAACAAAUUCGGUGAUCUGAGGCACAUACGUAGGUUGCGGUUCUGGCCACUGAACAAGGUUCUUGUUGAGAAGUACAAGUUCAGCGAGAGAGAUGCAAGUGAACUGACGGAAUUCCUGGUUCCCAUACUCGAUUUUGUUCCCGAGAAGCGUCCUACUGCUGCUCAGUGUCUUCUUCAUCCAUGGAUCAACCGGAUCCCCUGUAGUUUAGAGCCAAACCAAGCUCAGGAAACCCAGAAUUCUCAAAAGAAGAGGGAUAAGGAUGAGAAAGAGGCCAUGGAGAUUGGUAUGAGGAAUAUUGCAAUCAAUGCAGAUACGAAUACUGUUAAUUCUUCCAAAGGUCUGAAGGCCAUAACUCCCUUGUCUAAGUAGGGUUAUGGACUGUAUUAUCACUUACAGGCUGCAGCCUGCAGCCAUACAACAGAGCGCGGAUUCUUUUGCAGCUCUGGGUGGUAUACUAUGAUUUUUUGGACAGAGUUAGGGGCCAAGAUAAAGUGAUUAAGGGGAGGGCUUUAGUCAGUUAGCUAAGCCUGUCCCAGCCCUCCAUUGAAAAUUAAUCUGAUGGUACUUUGAACUAAUCCCAUUUAACGAGUGUUAAUAGGUGAGCACAUAACUGGUUUUUUUUACCUUACUUUUUCCAAUCAAAUCAACUAAUUGUGCAAUUAAAGGAGGAGAGAUCGCUACUUUUUCGUCCAGGGUGCUUUCCCCUUUUUUUUGCCCUUUCUUUUAACUUUUUUCGGAUGUAUGGUUUGUAUUUUGUAAUGUUUAUUUGCUUUGUAUAAUUUUGUAAUGUUUGUCUGUGUGGUUUGUAAUAUAUAUAUUUUUUUGUCUGGUUUGUAAUGGUUGUAUGUAUGGUUUGUAAUGUUCUUAAGACUGGUUUGUAAACAGAGAAAUUUUACAAUGCUAUAUAGUAUUGGUGCUAUAGGGUUUUGUUUUUAUGGUACAAUUUAAAAUUGUACAUUUACGAUAUAGUACAAUUUCAGAUUGUAACUAUAUUUUUUUACAAAUUCUUUUAUGGUACAACUUGAACUUCUACCUUUAUAUGAUGAUACAACUUCAAUUUGUAAAGUUGUACCAUAAUAUAAUAGUACAACCUAAACUUAUACAUUUGAUAUUAUGGUACAACUUUAAGUUGUACAUUAAAGCACCAAUACUAGCAUAGUAGAAGUGCUCUUGUAAACAUUAUAAUUUGUAUUGAAAAGAAAAAAACAAUGAUAACCAUGAUAAAUGUAAAUUUUUAAG